AUGGCCCGCAAAGGGAACCGGAAAGUCAGGACUGGGUGCAUCACCUGCAAGACCCCGCCGGUGGGAGAAAGAAAAAGAACCGUGCCAUGCUCGUCUCUCUAUUGCCAAGUGCAACCGUCUGACAAGAUAGAUAGGGCUCGGAAAGUCAAGUGUGACGAAGGCAAGCCGUCGUGCGUUCGCUGCAUCAAGACAGGCCGAGUCUGCGACGGCUACCUACUGAAGAUCGAUGUGCGAGACCCAGUGGGUUCGCGUGAUGCGACUACACUCACCCUGCACCGGCCACACCAUGUCUUCCCCGGAACGAAAUCGUCAAGUGAGGGCCAUGCGCUGCAGUUCUUUUGCGAGACAGCGGGUCCGUUGAUGUCCGGCACCGCGGAUCCCUAUUUCUGGACCAAUAUUGUGUUACAGUUCAGCGCGUUCGAGCCAGCUGUACGACACGCAGUUAUUUCAAUCAGCGACUUAUUUCAGCAGUCUUAUUACACACCCGAGUCUAAUGCGAAGAUACGUUUCGACGACCAGACAAUAGCUCUUAAGCACUACAACAACGCCAUUCACGGGCUCAAAGACAUCAAAUCAGAGCAUAAAGAAUCAGUCGUACUUCUUGUAUGCGUAUUAUUCGUCUGUAUCGAGUUCAUACGUGGGGACAGAGAGGCAGCUUUGAGACACUGCACUCAUGGCGUCGAAAUUUUGAAGACCUCGCCCCAGCAUGCUUGGACUCAACAACAUCUUUUACCCAUUUUCCGACGACUUAACGAAUUUGCUUUCUUCUUCAGCGAUGAGAAUUCCGAGUUUUCCGAUAUUUCAGACUUGGCGGGGCCGAUACCAACUACGUUUUCAACCUUCUCCGAAGCACAAGAGAUGCUCGACGGAAUCUUCAACCACACAACAAGGAUUAUGCGUUCAAGCCGAAAGUCCCAUUCACUACCGAAAACUGCGUCUGGCAUGUUUGAACCCCAAAAGAGAAUAUCGGUCUUUUCUCAGUACUUUACCGACAAAUCCACGAUCAGCCGAUUGUUAAAUACGUGGCUGAAGCUGUUCAGCGAGUUCGACCCAAAAAUGACAGAGCUGGAUGCCUUGGCUGCCAAGCACUGCAAAUAUGGCGCGGACUACGGGCUCAAGAUGUAUCGUUGCUUCUUGUUGACCCGCUACGAGUGCUGCCGGAUAUGGCUCAACAUUGCGUUUGAUGAUCCCAAGUCAGGCUAUGAAAGAUCGGUGGACAACUUUGACCGGGUGCUCAAGCAAUUAUCAUGGUUGGAGUCACAGAUUCCACAUGAAGGGCCUUUCUCGGACCCAGUAUCGCCCCCGUUCGUAUUCGAGACCGGCUUCGGGGCCAAUCUGUUCUUUCUGGUGACAACCUGCUGCGAUCUCGAGAUGAGACUGGAACUUAUCAGGCUGAUGUCGAUUUUCGCACUACCCAGAGAGAAUUUGUGGGGAAAGGACGUGCUCACUGCGGCAGCGAGGAAGAUUAUCGAGGUGGAGCAUGGAACCAAGUUUGAAGACCUCGUACAGUCUCCAACCGUGCCCUCGUACUCAGAGGAGACCCCGACUGAAGAUGAAGAUGAAGACGCAGAAGCAGAAGAGGAGGAAACCGAUUUUGGAACGCCAGAGAUAUGGGCGGAGCAGAGAGAGUCACAGAGCGGUACAGGCACGGGUGACGAAGAAGGAGCUCACAAGUCUGGUAAAGUUCUCAGGCGUGAUAACCUGGCACUUUUCGGCUCAUACCUGCUGAUUUUGAAUCCGUUCAUGAGUGGGAAGAUUGGAUCAUGA